AGAGAGAGAGAGAGAGAGAGAGACGGUGAGAAUUGAAAAAUGGACAGCGUGUGCCCCUCCCUCCCCUCCCCCAUUUCUCUUAUUUCCUGCCGAUUUGAUUCCGCUAAUGAAACGCUGAAAGUCAUUAGAAAUCUGUUCACAAUGGGGGGAUCUCGACGGGGAUACCGUAUUAAAGCCCAGCGAGGGAUGGAAUGGCCAGACACAUCCCCGGCAGUUUGGAUUACAGGUGCCAGCGACGAUAGCACAUAUAUCAAGCCAGCAGUGGACCUCUGGCGCGCGACUCCUCACCAGCCAUGACCACCGUCGAGUCAGGCCCUUCCAUGACUCGACGCUCUACGUCCAUCUCUAUACCGUCAUCUUCCAUUCCAGUCCCCACGACAGCAUCGCGUAACAAUCCCCUCUCUCUGCGUAUCUACAAGGCGAUAGGGACGACAUUCGAUGAUCCAAGCUCCAGAGAGGCACUGGAGAUAGCGUCUCAGCUCUACGCUGGUAAGGGAAAGGCCAAAGCCAAAGCCAGCGUCAAUGGUUUCGAGGCCGGGGAAGACGAGGAUGAUUGGGGUCUUCAGCGUCGAGCCGCCAAAGGAGAAAGUGCGGCCAUGGCUAGAAAGUACCUGAAGAAGGACGUCGAGAAUAAGAUGGCUUCUGGGAGUCUGAAAUUUCUCGAAAUAUUUGGCGAGGUGGACAAAAAACUCAAUGUCCUGCGAGAACACAUGGAAGAUAUGCAGAUUCGCUGUGAUCAGGUACAAGCUGAGUUGGAUCAAGCGAACAGCGGUACGAAAUAUCUCCUGGAACGUGCAGAUGGUCUGAGGACUCAACGUACGUCUGAGCUCAUGGACGUUUCGUCCAGAGCCGAAGCUCAACUCAAAUUGGACCUCGUCAAUCUGUUCUUGGCUCGAUUCACUCUAACAGAGGACGAGCAGAAAGCUCUGACAUCAUGGGAUGUCGGUCUUAGUCAAGCUGUCUUCGACGCAUUAGAUCAUGUCAUUGCUAUACGGAGGGAUUGUCAGGCUCUCUUGAGCGGAGAGGAAGGAAAGAUGCAGGCGGGACUAGACAUCAUGGCUCUCACCUCGGAGCAGAUGGAAAGCGGAUACAAGAAGAUCCAUCGACGGUGUCAAUUUGAGUUCCGACAGUUCACGAAAGAGGGCCAUGUGGAGGUCUCGCCAGUAUUACGAGAAGCUAUCCGCAGAUUGAGGCAGAGGCCAGCUUUGUUGGAUGACGCAUUGUCUAACCUAACUUCCACCCGCCAAUCCUCUCUGCUCAAUUCAUUCCUCGAAGCAUUGACCCGAGGCGGUCCUAACGGUCUACCUCGACCUAUCGAACUGCAUGCUCACGAUCCCAUUCGAUACGUCGGAGAUAUGUUGGCAUGGGUCCAUCAAGCCACUGCGUCAGAACACGAGUUCCUCGAAAGUUUAUUCGGCGUCCGCGAGAGAAAACGAAUGAUGGGCAGCGAAAGACUCAAAGAUGCAGAGUUGGAUGUCGAGGAAGCCAUGGUCCGGGAUGCACUUGACAAGGAUUUAGAUGGACUCAGCAGGCCACUCAAGAUGCGAAUACAGCAGACGGUGAAAUCGCAAGAGGGAAUCAUCAUGACAUACAAGGUGACCAACCUCUUGCAAUUUUACCUCGUUACCAUGAGGAAAACAAUCGGCGAUGACGCCGGCUUGUGCAAGACCUUGCAGCAAAUCUACGAACAGUCCAAUGCCGCUUUCUUCGAGACUUUGGAUGCGCAGGGGCGUUCCUUGCUUCGGUUCCUCCAUCCACCAGAUGCCACUCUCACUCCCCCAGUGGCUCUCCGGGACUCGUGCCAAAUCCUGCGCGAGCUCAUAGCAGUCUACGAGACAUCCCUCGUGGAUCCUGCCGAUCGUCCAAAUGAUAGUGACUUUUCGACCCUCUUGGAGAAGGCCGUCGAUCCCGCCAUUGAAAUGUGUGAACGCGUCGCGGAUCUUCGAAAGGGAGCCACGAGCUGGGACAAGGACAUCUUCUUGAUCAACUGUUUGGGCUACCUCGAGCAUACGCUCGAGAGUUAUCCAUUCACGAAAGAAAAAGUCGACAUGCUUGAAACGAGAAUACAACAGCAUGUCGAAUCGAUGACAUUUGAGCAUCAUGGAAAUCUCUUGGAGCAGUCUGGUCUAGCGCCAAUCAUGAAGACCAUACGCAAUCGACCAGCAGAUACGCCACUCUCACGCCUCCCGGCGACAAGCCCUAAACUCCUCACCCAGGCCUUGACAACGUUUUCGACAUUCUUGACGCAGAUCGACGUCUUAACUUCACCUCGCCUCGCUCUUUUAGGGUCAGCCUUUCUUGCCGAGCAAAUCCAUCAUACUGCGCUGAGCAAGAUCUCUGAGGCGUACGGAGAGCUUUGUGAUCGAGUUUUGGACAAGAAAGAAGGCUACGAAUUCGCAGAGACCUUGCUGAGAAGGGGCAAGGAGGAGGUAGCCGUGGCUUUGGGUGUCGAUGUAGGUGCAUGAGGCGUCAUCGUUGUCGGCAAAACACAGCCGCAAAGGCAGGUGGCAGCGAU